CCGAGCAGCAGCAUAUACGCGUGCGGAAAUGGUUUAAUGUAUCAAUCGGUUGCAAUCGCGCAAUUUAAACGGUGUGAAGCAGUUUGCAGUUUGGCUAGAAUAUUUGAGAGUUAUGUAAGAGUUAUGUUUCCCAAAUAAUGCUGGACUCGAAUUCGAGAAAGUAAUCAGGUUCUAGAGCUCACGAUACGAAAAGUAAAAUCUAAAUGCAUUUCAAAACUGCGGAAUGAACGGAUAUGAGUGUGUAUAACGCUUGCAAUUGGCAAAUAACGGCAGCAACAAUCAUGUAAAGUUCAGUUUGUUCUAUCUGUGCGCUACCAAUCGACCAGUGAAAUAGAAAUUAAUGUGCUAAAGUGGAAUGGAUAGUUUUAUUUAUGGCAGCAGCAUAUCCUACUAAACAGGUGCGGCCGAGGAGAAUAAAAAGUGCAUAAAUGGCCUUUGAAGCCCGAAUGGAUGAGUUUCGAAUCCCCAAUCAAACAGGACCACGAACACGCGGUAAUCCUCCCACAAUCACCGGCGGCGUCGCGCCUCCACCGUAUCUUUCUCUUCGGAUUUCCCCCCGCAGAGCCAGACUUCAAACCAGAGAGCAGUUGCGUAGACAGCGCCGGGAACGACUCCUGGCCCGAAACCGGAUGAUGCAUGCCCGCCCAAAUGAGCGGCAGUUGACUUCACGCAAUAACAGGAUGCGGUCAACACCAGCUGAAAUCACACCAAACAACUCGCUGCCCCCUCCGUACACAACGCUACCGCGAGGGGACACCGUCCUGCCAGUGCCAAUUUUUCCUGCCAUUGUUCCGGUACAUCAGCGCCGAACAGCCGCCGACUUCCGGCAUUCGUUUCCGAUAUCGAUAAUGAGCUUAUCUUCGGAACACUCGCGUAAGGGUUGCUGUAUCCAUUGGCCUUCUGGUUCCAUUUUGCGAAUACUGAUCUUGCUGGCGGCGCUGAGCGGAGUCACCUGUGUCCUCGGAGGUACAGCGAUAGGUGUAUCCGGAAUCGGUGGUUCACCUAAGUCACAUCUAACAGGCUCUUUGCUGAUGGUUGGCGUUGGAGUAAUCCUGGUCACCUUCAGCGGUUUGGCAUGGCGAAUGUCUGCGCCGGACGCAUUGUCAUACUUCGAAAGGGAUGCCCACAAUGAAGCACCAGCAGCAGGGCUGCCACGAGGAACGUACCGGCCAGCAGGUGGGAACACGUCCAACGGACUGCUCUAUCCGGAGUUUCAAUAUCGCCCUCCGCCACCAUCCUAUCUGUCGAGCAUGCGACAGAACAGAUUUAGAUUGACAAGGAGUAGUUUUCCUCGAUCAAGCCAAAGUAUGUCACAACGGAGAUGAUUAAGAAGAAGUUCCAGCAGGAUCAGACCAGUGGACCAACAGCAAACACUUGAAUGGACUUAUACAUCGUGGAAUCUAGUUUCAAAAAUUGAGAUUUCCGUUUGUCAAUAUUGAAGGCUCGUGAUAUUGGGUGAGAAGUUUUAAGAAGUGUCAAUCUGGAUUGGUUUCUGUGCGUUUUCAGUACCUGUGAUAUUUUUGUGUGGUUCUCAUAAUAAGCGCUUGGAUUAUGGACCUCUGAAGUCAGACGCAUUUCAUCUGCUAUUAG